AUGGCUUUUCCCAGCAAGUUCCUCUUUUGGUUUUGCUGCUUUGUCUGGCUGUGUUUUUCUAUUAGCUUUGGUUCUCAGGCUUCUAAGGGAGAAGCUCGGGGUGCAGCCAGUGCUGAGCUGGAAACUGAGGCUGAACCUCGGUCCUUGCUGCAGCCUCUAGAUGAAAGAAACAGAUCUGGCCUCCUUCCCUGUCCCUUCAAGGUUCUGUCUGAUGAGCGAGGUGGAGCACAUAGGCUGCAGCCAGACUCCAGAGCUUUGCGCUACAUGAAAAGGCUGUAUAAGGCAUAUGCUACGAAGGAGGGGAUCCCUAAAUCCAGCAGAAGUCACCUCUACAACACCGUUCGGCUCUUCACACCCUGUGCCCAGCACAAGCAAACUCCUGGGAACCAGGUGACAGGAAUCCUUCCAUCAGUGGACCUGCUGUUUAACCUGGACAGUGUUACUACUCUCGAACACUUACUCAAGUCAGUCUUGCUAUACACUUUCAACGACUCAGUUUCUUUUCCCUCUGCUGUUAAAUGUGUGUGCAACCUGGUGAUAAUGGAACCAAAGGCUUCUAGCAAGACUCUUCCUAGAGCUCCAUACUCAUUUACCUUUAACUCAAAGUUUGAAUUUAGAAAGAAACACAAAUGGAUUGAGAUUGAUGUGACCACUCUCCUUCAGCCUCUAGUGGCCUCCAACAAACGAAGUAUUCACAUGUCUGUAAAUUUUACAUGUGAGAAAGACCAGCUGCAGCAUCCUUCGGCACAGGAUAGAUGGUUUAACAUGUCUCCCCUGGUACCCCCAUCGCUGCUCUUGUACCUGAAUGACACGAGUAUUCAGGCUUAUCAUGGGUGGUAUUCUCUCCACUAUACAAGGAGGGCUUCACAGAGUCCAGACCAGAAGACAAGUCUGGCUGCACAUCCCAUGGGAGAAGAAACCGCCGAGUGUGGAAGAGCUUCGCGUCACCGGAGAGGUCAGGAAACUGUCAGUUCUAAAUUGAAGGAGUCCCUGGUUCCAGCUUCCUUCAAUCUGAGUGAAUACUUUAAACAGUUUCUGUUUCCCCAAAACGAGUGUGAACUCCAUGACUUUAGACUUAGCUUUAGUCAGCUGAAGUGGGACAACUGGAUUUUGGCCCCACACAGAUACAACCCUCGGUACUGUAAGGGGGACUGUCCAAGGGCAGUUGGGCAUCGGUACGGCUCCCCAGUUCACACUAUGGUGCAGAACAUCAUCUACGAGAAGCUGGAUUCCUCUGUGCCAAGGCCAUCGUGUGUACCUGCCAAAUAUAGCCCCUUGAGUGUUUUGGCCGUUGAGCCUGAUGGCUCAAUUGCUUAUAAAGAAUACGAAGACAUGAUAGCUACCAAGUGCACCUGUCGUUAACAUAUGGUCCUCCAAACUAAAACCCUGAGCCUCUUUGAACUAAGUAAAGGCUCCCUGCCUAUCUGUGCCUCCAGAAGAAAGCUUCAUGUGUCAAAUCUCAAUAUAAUGCAAUGUAAUGUUGUGUAAGGUGGAGCCUGUGUAGAGUAGCAUACUCUGUGGUGGGUAUCAUGGUAAAGGAUAGCUUUUGUUGUUUUCACUGAGACUUUUUUAUUCCCAGAUUUAAAUGAAAU